AUGCCUCUCGGGCCCGCGCUUAGGUCGAGUCGGAUGUUUCUACGGUUGAGGUCGACGUCACUUGCGCCAGACGCGCUUAUUAGAGUUGGACUUGACCUCUGUCAGUUGAGGAACGCGUUGGGGACAAACACCAAACCAACAAACCCACUUCAGUCCACCGACGCUGCUCCCCUCCUCGCUUCCCUCCCAUCUGAGCUGAGGCCACUGUCCUCCUUUGCGCCCUCCUGCCAAAUACCGAUUCGUCCGAUUCCGAACCCCUCGGGGACCUGA